AUGGCAGAGGUAUUCUCUAUUGGAAAGGGGAUCAACAAGUAUUUAGAGAGUGACAAUGAGCACAUAAAAAACACGGCGGAGAAGAUGAAAUGCAAAUUCAACAAGUAUUGGAGAAAUCCGGACACAAUAAACAUCUUACGGUUGAUUGCUUUUGUUCUUGAUCCAAGGGUGAAAUUGUCUAUUGCGGAGUUUUAUAUUAGUCUUUUAUAUGCUGACAGUGGAAAGGUUGAUGAUCUAAAGAAAAAAUUGAAGUCUUCUCUUUCAGAACUUUAUGCUCAAUAUCGAGGUGUUGAUGACUCUCAAUCUAGCCAACUAGACACACCACCGAAUGAGGACAAUGAUGAUAAUAUUUUCUGUCACUACAGUCAAGAAACUGAGCAUAAGUUUGAUCUUAAGAGUGAAAUUGAAUCAUAUCUACAAGAAGCACGAGUACCAUACAAUAAAGGAGCUGAAUUUGACAUCUUGGAUGGUGGAAAGCCAACUUAA